CAAUUAGAGGCCGGGUAAAGGCGGGUCUUAGUGGUAAAAUCAAAUAUCACAUCCGGCGGCUGCUUACGUUCAGUUGCCCGGGAAACCGCCGUGAAGGAGGAAGUCGCAGAAAUACAAAUACUUUUAAUAUUAACCUGUAAUUAAGCUUCCAUCAAAACAACGGGAUAAGAACAAGAUAAACCAACCGGACCGUUUCAUCCAGGAAGUAACGGGGACUAGUUAGCAUUAGCAUUAACCGCCGGUAAACGAGGGACAGCAGCCCAAAUCGUGGCAGCUGGGUCGAAACACAGUGACAUCAAAGGCAGCUGGGUCUAGGCAGAGUGUGAUCAAAGGCAGACACACUCUCCGCUCUCUGGAUUCGAGCUUCCCUCACCGCGGUUGACCGUAAACAUGGCCCAACAAGCUGCUGCUCUUCAGACCUACAACAACGAGCUGGUUAAAUGUAUCGAGGACCUGUACCACAGUCGUGACGAGGACGACCGUCAGACCAGAGACGAGGAGGCGGAGAAGGAUCGAGUGCAGCACGACGUCCGCGUCCUCACGGAGAAGCUGAGCCGACUCAACGAGAGCCUGGCGCAGAGAUACGCCAAACGCGCCACCUUGGACCGCACCAUCGCCGAGUCCGAGGCUGCCUACUCCAAGAUCCUGGAGAGUUCCCAGGCUCAGCUCAGCAUCCUGAAGCAGGAGGCAGGAAGCCACAGUAAAGCCUCGGAGUCUCGGAGGAAGGAGCAGUGAUGUCAGCUAGACGUCCUUCGCUCUGACCACAGCACUUUUUAUUCAGUUUAUUCUCCACGCUGGAAUAUUUAUGUUUGAAAUGUUAAUUCUUUAUUCCAAUAAAUGUAUUUCUUACUAUCAUGACUCUUUGUUUUAAACAAAACACUCAUCAGUGCAGAUUCUAAUAUUUGUACAAGCAUGAAUUGUACAAUACUGACAUUAGGGGGUAAAAUUGGUUGACUUUGACAUAUUGGCUGAUAUGUUUGUAUGAGAAAAGGUCAAUGACCGAAAUAACAAGUCAGUCGGCCUCUAGAGUUCCUGUCCAUGUUAUAUAAUAUUUUUGAAUCUUGGAUUUCCGACUCUAAAAUAUUCACGAGGAUAAAAAGACAUAAAAAAUAAAUUUGUUGGUUCAAGUCA